CGGUGGCGGCUCGGGUUGGGCUCCGCGUCGGCCCGGCCCCGCGGCCGCUCAUGGGCAGCCAGGGCCGCUCGGGGCCCCCCGGGAACGGCGGGCCCGGUGAGGUCGAGGGCGGAGAGGCCAGGAAACUGCAGGAAGGGAGGGUCGCGAGGGGGAAGCGAAGGAAAGGGAAGGGGAAGGGAAAAGCGAGCGCAGGGCAAGGCGGAAGAGGAAGCGGGGCGGAAGGGAAGCCCGGGCCGCAGACGGUGAAGGAGGCAGCGGGGCCGGGGGCUGAGGCGGGAGCGAGGGCAGGCCAGAGGGAGGAAGCAGAGGGAGGCGGAAGCGUGGAGGACGGGGCGAGAGGCAUCAAGGGAGAUAAGGGGAGCGCAGGAACCGGGAAGGAGGCACAAGGAAAAGAGUAUGGGAAGAAGGAGGAAUGGAGGGUCAGGGCUAGGCGGCGGGAGGGCGCCAGGCCGGGAAGAGCACAGGGACGAGGGGGCCAGGCUUGGGCCGACAUCGCGGGGACGGGGGCGGCCAUGGCGGCAGCUGCCGGGGAGGAGGAGGAGGAAGCUGCUCGGGAGUCGGCCGCUCGCCCGGCCGCGGGCCCUGCACUCUGGCGCCUGCCGGAGGAGCUGCUGCUGCUCAUCUGCUCCUACCUGGACAUGCGGGCCCUCGGCCGCCUGGCCCAGGUGUGCCGCUGGCUGCGGCGCUUCACCAGCUGCGACCUGCUCUGGCGCCGGAUAGCUCGGGCCUCGCUCAACUCCGGCUUCACGCGGCUCGGCACCGACCUGAUGACCAGUGUCCCAGUGAAGGAACGGGUGAAGGUGUCUCAGAACUGGAGACUGGGGCGCUGCCGAGAGGGGAUUCUGCUGAAGUGGAGAUGCAGUCAGAUGCCUUGGAUGCAGCUAGAGGAUGAUUCUCUGUACAUAUCUCAGGCUAAUUUCAUCCUGGCCUACCAGUUCCGUCCAGAUGGUGCCAGCUUGAACCGUCGGCCUCUGGGAGUCUUUGCUGGGCAUGAUGAGGACGUUUGCCACUUUGUGCUGGCCAACUCACAUAUUGUCAGUGCAGGAGGAGAUGGGAAGAUUGGCAUUCACAAGAUUCACAGCACCUUCACUGUCAAGUACUCGGCUCAUGAACAGGAGGUGAACUGUGUGGAUUGCAAAGGGGGCAUCAUUGUGAGUGGCUCCAGGGACAGGACGGCCAAGGUAUGGCCUUUGGCCUCAGGCCGACUGGGGCAGUGCCUACACACCAUCCAGACUGAAGACCGAGUCUGGUCCAUUGCUGUCAGCCCAUUACUCAGCUCUUUUGUGACAGGGACGGCUUGUUGCGGUCACUUCUCACCCCUGAGAAUCUGGGACCUCAACAGCUGCAGUGGAGCCACCUGGGCAGCAGGAUGGGUUGACCUCUCAGGGAUGUGGCCACACUCUGCUUGCUUCUUCCUCUCCAGGUAUGGGGUUCCCAGGAGAAGCCUGCACAUGGCCAGAGCCAAGGGAACAGGUCUCCCUCAGGUGCUGCUCCUCAGCCUGUGUUUCAUUCAUCAGGCUCACAUGGGCGGCCCCAUCUGUCUUUAUGUUUCCCUGAGUUGAGAGACAAUUGCUGGGCUCGGGCUCGGGGGAGGCUGGGGUGUAGAGGCCCCCAGCCCUCAGUGGCUCCUGGAGGCCUGGGCUUUGUCCAUGGGAGUUGGAAGGGAAUGGACUUUUUGUCUGGCCCUCUAUAGUGAUGGGUUGGCCCUUGCUCCUGUCUUGGCCCGGGGCUCUGAGCAGCAGCCCUGUUCCCACACAAGCUGUGCAACAGCCAAGGCUCUGCACCCCCCUCUCACCCCCCACAGUGAGAGGCUGAGAAGCAUUCUUAACAUUCUUUCCAGAGAAAAGGGGUGAAAUGUCUGAAUUUGGGGGGUCACCACGUUAUACAAAUUGCAAUCUAAUCGUUUUUACAAGAACACACUUGCAGUAAGAAAAGGAGCCCAGGAGGAGGGGAUGAGGAGACAGACAGCUUGUUUUGUCCCUCUUUCCCCCAAAGUUUGGGGCUAUUGUCGGGCCAAUCUCUCCCUCCACCAGAGCAGUUGAGCUAGAGUUUUCUAGUUAAAUAGGUCUUGGGGUGGGGGCCGAGAAGGGCCCACGGUGCCAUUUCUGUUUGUUUUCCCAAAUCAAAGCCCCAGCAGGGCUCCUGUGGCACUGCUGGGCCGCUAUUUGAAGAGAUGGGCCUUUUCCCAGAGCCUGGUGUGUCAGUUUAUGCUCUGAACUUAACCUCACGGGCACCACACAACAGAGCCUUGAGGGUCCUGGGCCCAGGGGCAAAAGAAAUUGUAUCUUUUUAUUGGCCCAUUUAAAGCAUGUGUGGCCAUUUUAGAGAACAGCGCAGCAGAAAUAAACCUCUCAGCCCCUGGCCAGGCUGUGCGGGCAGACAAGGGGCUCUUGGGGUUUGUGCUGGCCCCCAGGGCCUGGUGCUCACUUGGGCUCUUGAGUCUCCCCCCGAGGGUAAGGAACCCUUGGGCUGUUCUGUAUUUCUUACCACAGAUACUUAUGGCCAUGACAUUUUCCAGCGGCGGCUUGAAUGCUGGGGUAGGGCCCAGGUGGGCAGCCCAUUCUGGGUGGGCGCUGUCCCUGUGCAGCUCCAUGAGUGCCCAGCUCUCUUUCCCUCUGAACCCAGGGACCAGGGUGGGCGGGUAGAGCCAUGCUGGGCUUCAGUCCUCCCAACCCCCGAUGCCUUUCAUCUUCUAUUUCAAACAAACAUGAAAUUACUUCUAUAGAUUAAAGGGGAGAGCUCCUCAAUCAUUCCUUAAGGCCUCACUAAUGGAGGGGGCAGGGCCCCCAAAUCUGGAAGAGGGAGGAGAACCGUGGAGCCAAACAGUCCCUACCCACCGUGCACCCAGUAUACCUGAGAAAGAGACCCCCUACGGGGCUCUGGCCUACCCAGGGUGGCUGAAUCUUGGCUGGUGGCCCAUCUGGGAAGGCAGGGCUUCUCUGGGAGCCAAGGUUAGCAGUCUCUGUGGGAUGCAGAUCUGGGGAGAGGGCCUUCUGCAUGAUCCCUCUCAGGAGCCCCCCAACAGAGGCUUGUCAUCUUCUCCCCGCAGGCCCAGCUCUGGGCUAUGGAAGACCAGAAUUUCCCUGAGAAGGAGGCUGCAGGCAGGGGUUGCUGACUGGGGCUUAAUCCCCCACUGGUGGCAGCAGUGCUCCUGGCCAGGGCUCACUGUCUGGGGCUCAAAGGGAAAGGUGGAGGGGACAGAAAGGAACCCCCAGUCUCCUCCAGCCUUCAGGGAAGAUGGCAGCUCUGUCGGGGAGAAAAGAGGUUGUGGGUCAGAGUCUGAAUGAGGUGGAAGGACGGGAGCUGCCAUCUGCAGUCAGACAUGUGGUUGGCCGCCUUGUCUGCCUCAAGCCCUUUGCUGAAAUGCUGCUUGGGCCAAGCUGGGCUGGUGAGCCAUGAAGUCCCCUCCAUGCCAGGGCCUCUUACCUGGACAUCCCUGUGAAGUGUCCAUGGCUUUGUUUCUCCUGUCAUGGCAUGGGGAGAGCCCAGCAUCUCAUGGGUAAAGGAAGCUGAGGCAUCAGGCAUGGAGGGUGCCCCUUCUCCUUCAUUCCCCCCAGUCAUUCUGUGGAAACUCAAUACUUCUACUCAUCCCCUGGCCGCAGGGAUUAGCGGGUGCACUUGAUGUUGAGGGGUAGUUGCUAGGGACAGGAGGCCCCCCUACAUGGUUGCUAGGGGUCUGGCAUCAGGGCAAAGGGUCUGCCCACUGCCGCGGUCACGGAGGGAAUUACACAGUCACAAAGAAAUUGUUCUUCUCAGUAAUCUGCUCUUGGCCACCGGGUGGGGUGAGGGUGGGGGGAGCAGGCUGGAGCCCUGCAGGCUGGGGGCUGUGAUCACAGAGGCAUGCUAGCCCCGGGCUGGGGGCCAGCUAGGCCAGAAACACCAGGGACAGCCUGCUAAGCUGCUUUCUCAGCGAUUUCUCUCCCCAGACACAAAGGUGUUUACUUGUUUUAACAUCUCCUAGGACUCCCCUUCUCCCUUUGUGUGGUCUUUAUCCCCAACGAGGUUUGAGCCCCAGAUUACAGGCAGGAAUUAAGGCAUUGGACUCAGGCAGCUCAACUGCAUGACCUGCAGGAUCAAGAAGUAUAAAGUAACCGUGUGCGUGCGUGUGUGUGUGUGUAAAAGGGGGGCCAACUCCUUCAGCAAGGGCCAUUCAUCGUCCUGAGGAGGAGUGGCUGUGUGGCAGGCAGCCGGCAGGCAGGUGUGACGGAGGGGGGGGAGGGGUGGGGCCUGGGACUGGUUGCAGAGGCCUCUUGGCAGGGGUGAGGUGGGUAGGAAUCAGGCAUCUCCUCCCUUGGCCCCCUUCCUUGAGUCUCAUUCUGACAGAGGAAAGAGAACCACAUUUCCUCAAGUUCUGAUGCCCUCUGAAGGCUGAACGAAUGUGGAUGGCCCAUGUGAAACAGCCUCUCACUCUGUCCUUCCC